GUGACGGGCGCUCGGGUAGCACUGCCUCUCGUCCGGGGAAACGUGGGGUCGGCCUGCAGUUUGCAGUAAUGGAACAAGUGCAGGAUUUGGUUACCCAAGAAGAUGCAAAUAUUAAAGCUAUUAACGAAGAGUACAGGAAGGCCUUUAUAUUUAUCAAUAAAGGACUGAAUACAGAUGAAGUGGGUCAGAAGGAAGAGGCAAGAAAUUACUACAAGCAAGGACUUGACCACUUGCUUAAAGGAAUUAGCAUUCCAUCACAGGGUCCUGCAUGUGUAGGAUCCCAGUGGGAGUCUGCCAGGCAAAUGCAACAAAAGAUGAAGGAGACCCUCCGAAACGUUCACGCUCGACUUGGCGUUUUAGAACAAAACACCCUGACUGUGCAAACAAGUCCUGCUGCAACAGGUGCGCCUGCUGAGGUGCCCAAGUUAUACCCAAAUAUUCCUUCUAAAGAGAAGCCAGGAAGACCUCCUGCGCCUAAUUCUCUGUUUGCACCAAGCCAGCCACCCACUGCAGAUGGAAGUGUUGCAAAUGUGAGUGCGGGGCAAAUUCCAGCAAUGAGUCCAUCAGCUCCAAAAUCUCUUUGUCUGCCAAAUGAAGCACCUCCUGCCUACACACCUCAAGCUACAAAUGGCCAUUUUACAGUGUCUUAUGGCACAGAGUCCGGGGAGUUUUCAUCUGUAGGUGAGGACUACUACAGAAAGUGUAGUCAGCCACCUCCCCUUGAAAGUCUGGGAGUGGAUGCAGAUGAGCUGAUCUUGAUUCCCCAAGGAGUACAGAUAUUCUUUGUAACUCCUGAUGGACAAGUUAGUGCUCCUUCUUAUCCUGGAUAUCUGCGCAUCGUGAAGUUCCUGGAUACUGGUGGUGAGACAGCCCAGAAUCAUCCACCUGCAUUUCUUCAGGUUUGUGACUGGAUGUAUCCUCUAAUGUGUAAUCAGUCUCCUGUUCUAUGCUGCAGUACUGGAGUCUACAUGUUCCCUGACACAAUGUCUCAGGUGCCAGGGUCCUAUGUGGGAAUAGUGUUGUCUUCAGAACUUCCAGCAGCUGACAGAGAGCUUUUUGAGGAUCUGUUAAAACAGAUGUCUGAUCUUCGAAUCCAGGUGCCAGGAUCCCAUGAGAAAGUAGGGUUAUCUUCAGAGCUCCCAGCAACUGAGAGCGCACAUUUUGAAGAUAAGUUAAAACAGAUGUCUGGCCAUGAAGUCCAGCCCUCAGAAGCCUCUCAUGAUGCAAUUAACUUGCCUCAGACUGUUCAUAUCCAACCACAAGCUGAAGGAGGGGAAAAAGAGAAAGAGUUGCCAGAAUGGAGUGAGAAAGUUGCGCAUGGAAUCUUGUCAGGUGCAUCUUGGGUAAGCUGGGGCCUAAUGAAAGGAGCAGAAUAUACUGGCAAGGCUAUCCACAAAGGAGCUUCUAAACUGCGAGAACACAUUCAACCAGAAGAAAAACCUCUGGAAGUCAACCCAACUGUAGCAAAGGGGCUUCACGUAGCAAAACAGGCUACUGGAGGAGCUGUGAAAGUCAGCCAAUUUUUGGUUGAAGGAGUAUGUUCUAUAGCAAGCUGUGUUGGAAAGGAGCUGGCUCCGCAUGUGAAGAAGCAUGGCAGCAAAUUAGUUCCAGAAUCUCUUAAGAAAGACAAAGAUGGCAAAUCCACUUUUGAUGGUGCUCUGGUGGUUGCAGCAAGUGGAGUUCAAGGGUUUUCAACAGUAUGGCAAGGUUUAGAAAGUGCAGCCAAGUGCAUUGCUAAAAGUGUUUCAGCAGAGACUGUAAAAACUGUUAAAUACAAAUAUAAAAACAGGAAAUAUGGAGAUCAGCAAUCAACAGCCCCUAAGAGUGAAAACAAAUAAGUAUGGAGAUGAUGCUGGCCAUGCUACGGACAAUGCUAUGAAUUCUGCAAUCAAUGUUGGCGUGACAGCAUUUAACAUUGACAACAUUGGUAUCAAAGCUGUUGUGAAGAGAACUGCAAAAGAAACUGGCCAUGCUGUGUUGGAUGAAUAUAAAGUAUUGGAUAAGGAGAAAAAAGAUAAAAAAUGAGAACAAUGAAAAGUUUCUGAAAGCCUUACAUUAGAGAUGAAACUUCCUAUUUAGAAGUAACUAUAUUGCUAAACUGUGAUUUAACACAAAUCAUACUAUACUUUUCAAGCAACUAUUACUUAAUUUAACAUGAAAAUAUAAAGGUUGGGGAGGCAUUCUUACAAAGAAAAAUGAAAGUCUCCUUGCUCUAUCACUCUGUAGUGAUGCAGGGAUUUUGACAGCUUGAAGGGUGUGAAUUUGCAGUUAAUAAACUUGCCUCUGUAAGCACUUUUUUCAAAAUAUAAUAUGAAACAGAAUAAUCUAGAAACAGUAUUGUGAGUAUUUUUGUAAUACUAUAUAUUUGUAAAGAAGGUGAUACUGAACAAAUAGGGUUACUAAUUCUGUUGUCAAUUUUUUAGUUAGUUUUACAAAAACUAAGCUUUACUAAUACUAAACAUUAUUUAAUAUGUACUACUUAUUUAAGUUUUGUGUUUUAUUCUUUUUCUAGAUAAUUUCUUUUCAUAGCUACUAAAAAGCCAGUCUUAUCCAAAGUUCAUUUUAGUACAAAUGAAAGAUGAACCUCAGGUAACUAGAUAGCCAUUCCCUUUAAAACUAUUUUUUCCACCCAGCAUAUGAACAAACCAAAGAUACUAAGCGUUUUCUCUAAUAAGAGGGUACUUGCAUCUCUAGAAAAAUGUAUUCUGCAGCUGGCACUAUAAGUAAUAUUCAAAGAUUAUUUGAAAUUCAAAUUUUUAUAUGGAGAAGAUAAGUGGAUUUUUGCAUAAAUGAAAAUAUUUUUCUGCAAAAACAUUCUAGAGAGGCUGCUAGAUAUGUCUAUGGAUUCUGCACUUUUCAGCCAGUCCACAAAGAGUCAUAGUAUAUAUGACUUCUAAUGGAAGACAGUAGGUAUUUGCUUCAAGGUGUAGUUUUGACAGUCAGCACCUUUAUUCCAAUGAAUUCAGUUGCACAAGGUGCAUCUUUAAAGAGUAUGAAGACAAGCACCUUUAAUUGGAUGUAUAUGGAAUACAAUAGACACUACUCUGUAGCUUGCUCAUCCUAUUGCAGUGUGAAAUAACUCCCAUGUAGAAAACUGAUAAGAGUCGUCCUUCCUUUUAAGAUGCUUUUUCACUGCUGCUUAUUUAAAGUUCAUUAGUGGGUUUUAAAGCUGCUAUACAUUCUAGUCUUGAUCGGUCCAGCGGCAAAUGGAACACUGUCAAUUUACAAUUUCACUUCAUAUCAAAUAAUGGGAGAAAAUAACUGUAAGUGAUCGUUAGCAAGUGAUGCUUGUAUAUCAGACAGGAAAAAAGAAAAGCAGUAACAAAAAUAUCUACUGGAAGUGUAACAGCACAUUUUGUGGUAGUUAUUGCAGGUGUGUACUUUAGUGCGAGAAAAGUAAAACAAAGGGGCUAACCACUUGAAGUGUAACUUGAACUGAUUUACAGAAAUAAAAUUAAGUAAAAUUAAAAUUGA